UUUGUAUUUGGAUGUCUUGUGACCCUUGUCUUUUUGCAUCCAAGCCUGCAACUUCAGCACAAAUCUCCAAAGGGAAAAAGUGAAAUCUGUCUUUUCACAACCAUGUUUUACUUAUUGUUUAAUUCCCCACACCAUUAUUCCCUCUUGGAAAGAAGAACGAGGGUCUAUUAAAUAAGCUAUCCAUUAUCCAAGUCCCAAUUCAUCCCAUCUGGGAUUAUUUUGUUAAGAAGUAAUCUACAACGAACUCGAUUUGAGAAAUCUAAAUUCUGCCUUUUUUGUCUGCUUAAUCCUAUCGAGCUAUCAUGGAAUAUGGAAUAAAAAGUUCUCUGCUACUGUACUUAGUGGGAUAGAACAAGGAUGCCACUCACUAGGAAUCAGUUAUGAAGUUGUCUCCAAGAAGAUUUGAAUUUUGUAUUCUUGCCUCUCUACCAUUACCAACCCAAUUCCCAAAAUUCAAAAUCUCCACUCCCGACUCCUGAAGUGUCACGGUUCGCCCUUUUCAAUUUUUAUCCCUGUUUCUCUCCUGCUUUAUAUCCACCUCAGAACUUCAGUACACCUUAUCUACUUGUAUAUUACGGCUAUGCAACUUUGAUUCUACAUGAAUCUCUCUGUUUUCUUGGCUGAAAUGCAUGAGGUUUGGAUAAAUCAGCUCAAAGCAAGAGUACCCGCCAAGUGCUUUCAAGGUACGUUCUGUAAAUGCUACUCUUUUGAAGGUUCUGGUCAUGUUUUAGCUGUAAUUGUUGUUUUAGGUUUAUGGUCUGUGGGGUUUUGUGAGGCCUUUCCAAUGGUUUCGGUUCCGCUUGGGUUUGAGAUUUUAGUGUCUGAAAACAAAAGUUGGAUUUCUGAAAAUGGGGUUUUCACUUUUGGGUUCUUCGAUGAUUAUUGGAAAGAUUAUGAUGGUUUUGCUGUUGGUAUACGGUAUAACUUGGGAAACAGAGCUGCAAAUGUUGCUGUGUGGACUGUUGGUGGUGGGGUUAGGGUUUCUGAGAACUCUACAUUUAGGCUUUCUAUGGAUGGAAGAUUGGUCUUAUUUGAUAACCUUAGUGGUUUGAUUGUUUGGAGCAGUAAUACUAGUGGUUUGGGUGUUCAAACUGCUAGUAUGUUGAACAAUGGUAAUCUGGUUCUAAUGGAUAAUGCAAAGAAAGUCCUUUGGCAAAGCUUCGAUAGCCCUACCAAUACUCUUCUUCCUGGUCAGGCACUAUAUUUCCCUCAAGCCCUUCGAGCCCCUUCCACAACCUUCAUUUCUAGCUACUACAAUCUUGUGAUAAGGCACACAGGAGAUCUUGCACUCAUCUGGGAGAACAAUGUGACUUACUGGGGUAGCCAUUUGACUUCCUCUGUUGAUGUGAAGGAAGCAAGGUUUGAGCCUACUGGGGUUAUUGGGCUGUUUGAUGCUACUGGCAGAUCGGUUUGGUCCAAAUCGAGUAAAGACUUUGGAGACCCGUCUGUGCUUUUGAGACAUCUUAGGAUUGACUCCGAUGGAAACUUGAGAAUUUACUCAUGGGACAAUGUUCUCCAUACAUGGAAGGUAGGAUGGCAAGCUGUUGAGAACCAAUGCGAUGUUUUUGGUUCUUGUGGUUUAUAUAGCAUCUGUCGGUACAAUUCAAGUGGACCUGUUUGUGAAUGCUUGUUCCAUGAUUCCGUGGAUUGGGGAGGUGGGCCUCCUGGGAUGGAUUCAGGUUCUUAUGGGUGCAAGAAGAUGGUAGAUUUGGGGAACUGCAAGAUGGGUACAAGCAUGAUGGUUCUGAAACAGACUGUUCUUUAUGGUCUUUAUCCUCCGCUUGAUACUGAUAUCAUGUUGAGUGAGAAGGCUUGCAAGAAGUACUGUGCAGAGGACAGUUCUUGUAUUGCUGUGACUUCAAAGAACGAUGGUUCAGGUCUUUGCAAAAUCAAACGAACUAGCUUUAUAAGUGGGUAUGGGAACCCAUCUGUUCCUGCAACUUCAUUCUUGAAGGUCUGUUUAGUUCCUCAGGCAGUCUCCACCACAGAAGCAAACCCACAAGCUAAUGCAGAAUCGAUGCAAUUGCCGUCGGAGAGAUCCAUUUCUCAUGUUGACAGUAGGAAAAGUUUUAUAGCUGCUCUGGCUAUCAUUGUGUUGGUCACAGUAUGUGCUUUCCUCGCUGUUGAAGUGGUUGUGUUUUGGUUCAUCAACCAGACAAGGCAGAUUAAAUCUGAGAGGAGAAUUCCCUUUGGAAAGGAUGCUCAAAUGAACCCAAACUACAGUGCCCUCAUCAGAUUGUCCUUUGAAGAGGUGAAAGAACUGACAACUAACUUCACUGACCAACUUGGGCCAAAUGUUUUCAAAGGUGUACUCCCCAACCAAACCCCCGUGGUUGCUAAGGUGCUAAAUGCUGUUGUAGCAUCUGAAAGUGACUUUCGGAUGGCAGUUUCUACCUUGGGUGGCACUCACCACCGAAACCUCGUACCUUUAAAAGGCUUCUGUUUUGAGCCACAGCACAAAAUUCUUCUCUAUGAGUACAUUCCCAAUGGUUCUCUUGACAAAUGGCUAUUCAACACAGGAACAAACCAAAGCGGGUUGAGUUGGCAUCAGAGGCUUGGUACUGCCCUUGGUGUUGCUCGAGCCAUGGCAUAUUUACAUGCUGAGUGUCAACAGUGUAUACCUCACAGGAACCUGAAGCUUGAGAAUGUGUUGCUUGAUGAGAAAUUGGUAGCUAAGGUUACAGAUUUUGGGCUCAAGAGCCUAUUAGAAAAAGGUGCAUCUUCAUCAGAGUCACUGCCAGACAAGGAUAUUUACAUGUUUGGUGAAAUGCUGCUACAGAUUGUGACUGGAAAGAGGGACAUACUUCAUAUUACUAGAGAGAAUUUAUUCAAGUUGGUGCAAGAAAUGCAUCAAGACAGGAAUUCAGGGAGUGAUGAGGAGUGUGAAGGAGUAGACAGAAUGUUUAGGUUAGCUUUAUGGUGUUUACAAGAUCAGCCAUUCCUUAGACCUUCCUUCAGUGAAGUGGUUAAGAUAUUAGAAGGAACUCUUUCUGUAGACAGGCCUCCACCAUGUUCUACUAUCAUGAAGGAAAAUAAGAAGGAUGAAGCAGACAAGAUCGAGGUUGAUGAUACAACCUGAUUAACUUGACAGUAUAUUAACUGUGUCAGGCUAGAUUGGUUAGAUU